AACAAACUAAAACAAUAGCAUUGGCAGCAGUAUGGAGGACCUGUUUCUUUUAAUAAUAAAGGAGUCGACGGGAACCAAGCACAAUGCCCUGCGACAAACUGCACAAAUUGCCUAUGACAAAUUAUAUCGACAGCAUGGUAUACACAGGGAUCCAUCACAUGAACUACGUUCAGUGUGUUUUACAGCCUUACAAAUGGCUUUGGAUACCAAACGUCCAAAAUUUGUAACAAUGGGCCUAAAUGGAUUGCAUAGAAUAAUCAAAGAUGAACGAUUCUAUAUUGGUCUGGAACCUGAAGAUGAUUCCGUUUGGUUACCGUCACAACUGUUGAGAGCCACCUCGGGUAUACUGCCCACAAACAAUAAUGAGGACACUGUUGUUAAUGUGCUACGUCUCUUUUUGGCAAUGGCAUGUUCUCCGGCAUGCACCCUAAAUGGCAGAUUAUUAAUUGAGAUACUAUCGCGUUGUGGCGAAUGCUGGGAAUUAGGAUCACGAGCAAUUAAGGCGGCAUCUUUGGCGGCAGCAUCGCAAUGUUUGAGAACAUUCUGCACAUUUCUAAUCGAGGAGGCCGAAGAUGUAAAGAAAACCGCUCCCGCUGGUUUGAUGACCCAAACACAGGCUACUGCCGUGUACAACGAAGUAAUACCGGUAAUGCAAUGGCUCUGUAGCCGCCUUGUAGAACCGAACGUAAACAAUUCGCCGAAUAAAAAAGUGGAGAAUACCUGUACCCUAUAUUUAACCGAAUGCAUUUUGACAUUGACAUCGUCUCUGCCACGCAAUGUCUAUGCCAAUCCACAUUUCACUUCGUUUUUGUGGCAGAAAUUUUGCCCAACAUUGGCAGCAGCUUUGGGGUCGCCGGGCCGUGUCAAUUUGGAUAAGAAAUUUACCUAUAAGGACGCUCUUCAUAUUAUAGAGAAUGAGGCACGAGGCUUCUUUACUGGACCUGGUCUGGAUGGCGCACAGGCACGUUGUGUUUAUUUAACGGGCAUACAACUGCUGCGCAUUGCAGGUUCCCAUGGCUCAUUAAGGCCAAUGUUGGAAGCCUUGUUCCAUCGCAUGUUAUUAUUGCCGACACCCCAAAAUCGCACAGAACCCCUGAAAUGUGUGCGAGAGAUAUUCAAAAGCCCAGAACGUUUAAUCGACCUUGCGGUCAUUUUAUAUGCCGAUAAAACCACUCCAACAGGAUGUAGUGACGAAAUGGCUCUAUUUCGACUGAUGAUUGAUGCCAUGGAGGAGUGUGCAUAUGGCACUGGUAGCGGCAAUGGGGCCGGCUUUGUCGUAGAGGCCAGUCUGCAGGCCAGUGUUGAAUGUAUGGUUGCAUUGCUACAAAGCUUACAGGUGUUGUGCACGGGAGAGAUCAAUGAGACGAUCAUCAGUGAUCAAAUUGUGAAUGUGGUCAACAGCCGAUAUGGGCAACUGAAGGAUGCUGACUACACCGGCCCAUUGACAUAUCAAUCAAUGGCACGUUUACCACCCUCCUAUCGAGAUGCUGUGGUCGAAUUUCGCCAGAGUGUGUAUGAAGCUUCCUCGGGAUCGGAAAGCGAUGGUGAUCAGCAUGUGGAGAAUGAUGUUGUUUCCAAUGGUUCGGGCGACACCGAAGGUCCCGAAGAGGAGGAGCAUUCCACCUCAAGUGAUGAAGCUUCACGCGGCGAACUGAAUCGUUGGCCUUACACAAAUUUGGAAGUACCCGUAUUUCCCAUACGUUCCGAUGUCGAUGCCGAUCGGCAACAUGCCCGAGAUUUUGCCAAGGCCUUGUGUGUAGACUUGGUGCCCAAGUUGGCAAGACUCAGAUCAUGUAUUGAGGUCGAUGAGGCGAUGCAAGAGUUUGCCUCGGCUGUAUGUCAAGAGAAUAGCGCAAACAUUUCCGACUUCGACUACAAUUUCACCAUCAUCAAUGCUGACGGCAUAUACUUGGCAAUCUACUCAGCACUGCUACUCAGCUGGCAGCUAAAGAAGGCUGGUUACUAUGCGGACAUGCAAAAAGAGAUCAUGAUACCUAUGUCGGAGCAACAGUUUGUAACUUCGGUACAGAAUACCGGUGUUUUGGUUUAUCUUUCGUCGGCCUGGCUCUGCGAGCUCUAUCAGAGCGUUUUGGUGACCAAUCUUUUGGAAUCAUUGGAUAGGAACGAUCAAGAUUCACGAUGUGCCUUGAUUGAUAUGCUAUGCGAUGCAGGAGGCUUGGGACCCACACAGAUGAUGUGCGAAUGGCAACGUCUUCAAACGGCAAAUGUUAAAUACACCGACGAUGAACAGUCCAGUGCUCGUCGUGAGGCGGCCAAGAAGUUAAGUAGACGUUUGCUCACCUGUUGCUGGGAUUCGAUGGUAAUGGUGCUAAGUUCAGGCUUGGGUGAUCUACCCAGUUCCAGCUCAAGUAAAUUUGUUGCACUCUCCAAGAGAACAUUGCGAGUGAAGAGCAAAAGUACCAAGUCCAACGGAGAGGCAUUGUAUGCCAUGUGUCUGGAUGGUUUGCAUUCGGCCGCUACUUUAAGCAAUAACUUGAAUUUGCAACACUUGGCAGGAAAAAUUCUAAAUCUAUUGGCUUCUAAUGUUUGCCAGACAACUGGACCACGCAUCUCCGCCAGUCAGGCCAUGUCCAUGGAUGUGGUGCUUAGCGGUGGUCUGAAUUUGGGUUCCUAUAGUCCAGAUUGUUGGCAAUCCAUAUUUGCGGUGUGUCGGCAUGUCAGCCAACUGGAACAUGACAUGUUUAGCAUGAGAAACCCUUCGGUGCCCUCCUCUUCACCGAAUGCCAAUCGUGAUAUUGAAACGGGCGAGAAGUUACAGUGCAACGGAGGUCAGAAUGACAAACUUAAUUUGGCCUCAAUACCCAUUGACGAUGAUGAGACGUGCGUCGAUGUAUACAGCUUCCUGCAAGCACCCUUGCAGAGUCCGAAUACGAAUAUCACAUCAAUUUUGAAGGUGUAUUCGGGCACCAAUGAAACGGUAUUGCUUAGUCCCAACGAUACUACCAAGGUGUUGUGUGGCCUCUCCCAUCAGGCCGAGAACUUGUUCAGUGAUGCUGCAGAACGUUUAAGUUUACCUUCGUUAUGCCAGUUUCUCAAGAAUUUGUGUCGAGCCUCCAGGGAACAGCUGUACAAGAAUACAGCAACUCGUAAGGGCGGUAGCCGAGUUUGGUGGCCUAGCAAGGGAUGGCGCAAACACGAUUCUCUACCCAUGUCAUUGCUAUUACAUCGCAUUGGCGAUGUUACCCUCAAGGUGUUUCGCAGUCCCCGACCUUUGUUGCACAUACUAAAGGUUUGGGCCAUAACGGGACCGCAUCUAAUGGACACGGCCUGUCAUCGUGACAGGGUGAUAUCGAAACGAGCCAUUGAAUACAUUCACGAUAUCGUAACAGCCCUGCUGGUAGAGCAAUCCGAGUUGCCAUAUUUCCACUUCAAUGAGGCGUUGCUCAAGCCUUUCGAGAAUUUGCUAAGCAUGGACAAUUGUGACUCCGAUGUACAGGAUCAAAUUGUAGCGUGUCUCUAUGAAAUUGUUGAGGCACAUCGCACAGAGAUACGUUCGGGAUGGCGUCCACUAUUCGGAACAUUACGAAAUGCCCGCUCACGGAUGCUGAGCACCAGCAACAUAAUCGAUAUUUUCCGGGUAUUUUUGGAUUCGGAUAAUACCUUGGUAUUUGCCAAUGCUGGCUUGGACUGCAUUCUGUGUCUGCUGUCCUUCUUGGAAGUGCCAGGAAGUGGCAACGGUGGUGGUGGUGGCAACAGCGGUAGUAGCAACGGAAAUGGCAAUAACACGGACUCCAAUGAGGAACCCAACUUUAGACCAACCGAGUUCCUACACGAAACCCUGCGUUUUCUGGAGCGUUGCUCUUCCAUACUCGGCUUCAUGUAUAACAUGCCAAAGUGUCCGAAUUUCCAUUCGACCUACAAGAUCAAGGGCAUAUCUUAUACACACAUCAUCGAUGCCAAUAUUCCCAACUCCAUGGAGAACUUCACCUACUUUGGCAAUGACUAUUUGCAGACCAAAAACGAACAGCACAUGAUCUCCUAUCGGUCACUGCACAUCGACAAGGAGAACAUUGUGAAGAUCGAUGAAAUGGACAAGCCUUCGGGAGUACUGAAAGUGUGGUUCCUGCUACUCGAUGGUCUCACCAACUCCCUCAUUGUGUGUCCCUACUCACACCAGGCUCCAAUUUUGCAGACCAUUUUUAAACAUUUCAAGAACCUGCUAAGCAAUCCAGGCAUAGAAUUCGGAUUCUACUGCAUUAAUCAUCUGCUAAUACCGAUGAUUCAGGACUGGUUGCGGUACAUCAAUAAGACCGGCACCUCGUGGCAGCUGGUGGAGAAGAAUUUCAAGCAUUGCUGUUGCAUGACAACAGAUUUGGUGGUGGAUUUCAUAAAAAUGUCCGUACCAGAGGUCCAGAAACAAACCUCCAAUACACGGACCAGAGUUACACAAAUUGUCCAGCCCAGUGAUAACUCCUAUUCGAAGUUGAAAUUUGUCACCGAACCGUUGGAGGAGAGGAGUCAUCCGCAAACGGACUACAAUACCACGACAAAUGACGAGAACUCGUCGUCAGAUACUAAGGAGUCCUUGACGAAGGUGUCAAAUUCCGCAACACUGGCUCUGAAGCAGUUGCUGCUCGUACUCAUCGAGUGUGCGGCGCAGGUGCAGGAAACGGUGGCCCGGGUAGGUGUUUCUUGUCUGAAGCAUGUUAUACUCUCCACCGGAACUCUCUUCAAUGAAUACCAAUGGAUGAUUGCCUGCUCGGCCAUACACAGAGCCUGCACUGUCACCAUCGCUCCCUUGCGACAACUAUCCUUUGCUUUCCAUGAAAAAUCCAAUAGCUUCUAUGGAGACUGUGCGAAUGUCAAGGUUGCCGCCAGGCGUGACAGCACCGUGGAAGAAUUGACACGUAUAUAUUCAUUGGCCCAGCAGGUCUUUUUGUCGGACAAUCAAAGGGAGCCGGGAACGACGAAGCCCAAUAGCCACUUGGACAAACAUUUAACGGAUGACCGAAGCUACUCCUUCCUACUUUAUCCCCAAAACAAUGGCUUCAACUCGAACCUGGAUAAUUUUGUAAUUCGAAUACCCUUCAAGACAUUGGUGGUUGGAUUGUUGGCCAAUCAAAUGCUGCUGCAGUUGGUGGCCAAGUUACUUUUGUCUCGUCUCAAAUGUGUUCCUCAGGCUGUGUCCACGUGCAUUUUCGACAACUACACAACGGCCAGCCAACAGACUUACGACUAUGAUUUGGACUUUCGCUCAAAAGAAAUACUACUACGUUGCUGCCUGCAGUUCCUAACGAGCGCUUUGGAGUUUGACUCACGCCCAGGCCUGAAAUUCCUAAUGCAAAAGGUGGCCAAUAUCGAAUACGCCGCCAAUCUCUACAAACAAAUGACAUCGUCGUGGAUGAUCUACUACAUUGCUCUGGUCGAUUCCUAUCUAAAUGACAUAGUUAUCUACAAUCUGGGACCGGAGGAUCUUAAUUUCAUACUGGAAUCCUGUUCUAGGCUCAACACCACCAAGGUCAAGAAAAAGGAAAACUUUGUGCGUUACCUAUUCUGUCUACAGGACGCUUGGAAUUUGGUCUGUGAGCUGUAUCUAAGCAAUUCCACCCUGCACGACAUAGAGAAUGGGCGUCUGCGCAAUUCCGACACAGAACUGAAACACUUGGCGUCAGGAUCGGCCCGGCCCAUCAAGUCCAUGUGCAUAACAAUAAAUGGAAACUUUGAGAAUGGCAAUGGUUCUAGUUUUUCCGAGACCACAGAUUAUUCGCCCAAUAAAUUCACCCAACAAAUGGCCGAGGAGGAAAGCAUUACCAUGACCACAUUGAUCAGUGAAUUCCAGCCGAAGAGUCGCAACAAUCCAUUCGAUACAAAUCGUCCGCAAAAGACGGAAGCGGAAUCCAUUUCGCCGGAAAUUGAACAGCAGAGGGCCACCAGUAUCCUCAAGGAUUCGAAUUACAAAAGGGCAGCCUUGGCUCAACUUGUUGUGGCAUCCAUGGAGUUGUUACGUUCACUGCCCGCAGAAGCUGAGAGCAAUUUGCGUCUGCUAAUGACGCCAACAAUACGCGAAGCAUUCCGUCUGGUCCAGUUACAGGGUAACGAAUUAAAAGUUAAUCAAUUUUAGGUUUUGCUUGUUGAGUUUUAUUUUGAUUUGU